UCUUUGAAGGCGUUUAUGUGCUCGACGGUUUGAACAUUUGGUCUGGGAGCCGGGGAAUCGGUGCCAGCGGUUAUGGCAAGUCCGGUUGAUGUUGGUGGGCUGGGCCAUACGCCGGCUUGUUUUUGGGGUGUGCAUUGUGCUUUUACGACAACCAUUACGCGCCCACGACAUUAAAGGAAGUGGCGAGGAUAAGAUAUGGGUGCUGUAUGCACACAUCCUCGACCUAAUGAGGAGGACGGACAAGGCUCGAGCGGUUCUCAUAUCCCGGAGUUUCGAGGCCGACUCAAUGACCAAACAAAGAUAAUCGACAAUCAUGAUAUCAAUCCGAGAGCAGUUCUCUCUGACAGCUCCCGUCAAAGCUUCCCAGCAC